AUGAAUCGUCAUCAUCGGAGGAGGCGUAAGCUGUGGGUCGUCUCCGGUAAUGUCGAUCACGAGAAGGUGAACUCCAUUCUUCUACUGCUGUCUUGGGUCUUCCCAUUGGAGAACACAUCAGUUGCAGUAAUUAAUAUUGUCAUCUUACAUGAGUUUGCUUUGUGUCCGAGAUCCCUUUGUAUGUCUCGUGUUGAUCACAUGUGUUCUGAUGAUAGCUUUACUCAGACUCUCGUCUCUUACUUCUGCAGAAGAUACAGCUGCAACAAUCCGUGUGUAAAUGAAUCUGACCACAAGGAAGAAGCAGAAGCAAAGGAAACAGUGACGAGAAGACACAGCUACAACAACUCUUUACCACUAACUCCUCCUGUAACUUCUGAGAUCAAGUUUGAAGAGUCAGACUACGAGGAAGAGACAGAGCCAGAACAAGGACCGUUACAGAGUCGUGCUUCUUCCCACCCGCCAAACUGAGCACCACCUCAGUCUUCUGAAUCUAAGUCGAGACGGGACUCAAGCGGUCACCAAGUUCCACCCAAAACUGCCUGACUAUGAUAUUUUGAGCUUUUAUGGAGCAAUGCCUCUUUCUUCUUCUUCUUCUCUAUGUCUCUUUUGCUGUUGACCAGACUAAUCAAUGAAAGUUUUGAGCUUUUAUGGAGCAAUGCCUCUUUCUUCUUCUUCUUCUCUAUGUCUCUUUUGCUGUUGACCAGACUAA